AAGCGUCGGCGAAGACUUACUACUGAGGAGAGCGAGUAUCUACUUCGCCAGUUUGGGAACAAUGAACGGCCCACAGCGCAGGAACGCGAGGUGUUUGCAAGGCAUUUGAGUUUGGACAAGAAGACGAUCCAGGUCUGGUUCCAGAACCGGAGAGCGAAACUUAAACGCGAGGAGCGU